AUGCCCAGUUCUUCUCGCACAGGUGAAUUGAUAUACGAACCUGAGGUUGAGAAGGCAGCACGUAGGCGAAGGCAAGAGACCAAGAGACGAAAAGAAGGGCACUUAUCUUCUGCAAACGAGUCAGUAGAAGAUGAAUUUAGCAUGGCCAACACCCAGACAUUAAGGGAGCUGGCUACCCCGAAGCUGACUCAUCAGCCCUUGUGCAUCACUUUCCCAACUCUGUCUGAGAAUACCUCCUUCGAGCUGAAAUCGGGAUUGAUUCAGCUCUUACCUUCGUUUUAUGGUCUUUUUGGUGAAGAACCUCACAAACACGUCAAGGAGUUCGAAGUGGUUUGCUCUAGCAUGAAACCUCCUGGGGUCACUGAGGAGCAAAUAAGACUUAGAGCUUUCUCCUUCUCUCUCAAGGAUGCAGCGAAGGAUUGGCUAUACUACCUACCUGCAGGUAGUAUCACCACGUGGGCACAAUUGAAAAAGAAAUUCCUAGAAAAGUUUUUCCCCGCAUCCCGGGUUGCGAGUUUGAGGAAGGAGAUAUGCAGCAUCAAGCAGUACUCCGGGGAGUCCUUGAGUAUUAUUGACGUUGCGAGCGGAGGAGCCCUGGCGAAUAAGACAGCGAAGGAAGCAUGGGACCUGAUCGAAGCCAUGGCAGAGAACUCCCAACAAUUUGUCUUCCGUGAGAGCAACCCUACCCGUAGAGUCAACGAGGUAGAGACUUCAUCCAUACAGCAGCAACUGUCAGAGUUGACGUCUGCUUUCAGGCAAUUAACCAUGAGAGACACGCCGCGAGCUAGAGUUUGUGGCAUCUGCACUAGCAUGGACCACUGCACGGACACGUGCCCCCUUUUGCAAGAGGACGGGGCAGAACAGGUAAACAUGGCCGGAGGCGUGCCCGCACCCCGCAGGCAGUAUGACCCGUAUUCCAACACAUACAACCCCGAUUGGAGAGACCAUCCUAAUUUCAGUUAUGGGAACCGACCGCAAAAUUCACUCUCAAAUCGUCCACCAGGGUUUCAGCAACCAUGGCAACCGAAACCGCAACCUUCAUCCUCCAACGCAGGAAGUUCCUUGGAAGAUAUUGUCAAGAGUCUGGCUACGACUACCGCCCAGAUCCAGCAAGAGACUAGACAGCUCCAGCAGGAGACCAGGUCAUUGACCACGAAUAUGGCUCAACUCCAGCAAGAAACUAGAGUUUUAACCAUGAGCACCACUCAGUUCCAGCAGGACACCAGAGCAGGCAUGAAAGAUAUGGAUGCUCGAAUAAGCCAAUUGGCAACUGCCAUCAAUCCCCUGGAGUCCCACGCUCAUGGAAAAUUGCCAUCUCAACCUGAGAAAAAUCCUAGAAAUGUAAGUGCCAUGACGCUGAGGAGUGGUAAGGAACUGGAAGGGCCUAAAGUGGAAAAUUCAAAAAGCAAAAGUGAGGAGGAGAAAGAAAAGGAAAUCGAAGAGGAAGGACACAUUCGCGAAGACCCUAAGGUACCCAAAUACGCAAAGUUCUUGAAAGACUUGUGCGUUAACAAAAGAAAGCUAAGGGGUGAUGAAAGAGUGAUGGUAGGAGAGAAUGUAUCAGCUGUACUUCAAAGGAAACUUCCACCCAAAUGCGGGGAUCCAGGACCAUUAAAAGAAACGGAGAUAAUAAUUCAAUUGGCUGAUCGUACAUGUGCUUACCCGGAUGGGAUAAUUGAGGAUGUUUUAGUGCAAGUAGAUGGAUUAAUUUUUCCUGCUGAUUUUUAUGUGCUUUACAUGGAUGAUAGAAGUGCCCCAAAUCCAUCACCCAUUAUAUUAGGAAGACCAUUUUUGAGUACUGCCCAGACUAAAAUUGAUAUUAGUAAGGGUACUCUCACGAUGAAAUUUGAUGGAGAAAUAGUCCACUUUAAUAUCUUUGAUACAAAGAAACAUCCUGUUAACUUUCAGUCUGUAUAUGCUAUUUAUGCCACUAAUCCCUCUGUACAAGAAUUUUCUAAGUUUGCUGGUAGGGGUAAAUUCAAGGUUGCUGCGAACAAGUCCUAUAGGAUGAAAGCAGUUUAUGAGGUGAAAAUGGAGAGAAAAUUUAGGAAAAAGGGUGCACUCAAUGGCCACGUGGAUCCCGGAGGAAGGCCACCAAUUACAAGGAAAAUUCAAUUACAUCCAGACUAA